AGAUGUUAAAAAAUAUCUUAUGGAUGUAUUGGACUUUAGCCAUAACAAAUGCAUUCCACAAAGUUAAAGUGGAAAAAAGCCCACCAGUGAAGGGCUCACUCUCUGGAAGAGCCACCCUUCCAUGCUUCUUUUCAACUCUGCCUACUUUGCCUCCAAGCUAUCACAAUACAAGUGAGUUUCUCCGGAUUAAGUGGUCAAAGAUUGAACAGGACAAAGGUGGAAAAGAUCUCAAAGAAACUACAGUGUUGGUGGCCCAGAAUGGGAAUAUCAAGAUUGGACAAGGCUACAAGGGAAGAGUGUCAGUUCCAAGCCAUCCAGAAGACAUUGGCGAUGCAUCAUUGACUAUGGUGAAGUUACGUGCAAGUGAUGCUGGGGUUUACCGCUGUGAUGUAAUGUAUGGAAUUGAAGAUACCCAAGACAUUGUCUCACUGGCUGUUGAUGGUGUGGUGUUCCACUAUCGAGCAGCUACCAGCAGGUACACCCUGAAUUUCAAGCAGGCUCAGGACACCUGUUUGAAGAACGGUGCUGUAAUAGCAAAUCCUGAACAACUGAAAGCUGCGUAUGAAGAUGGAUUUGAACAAUGUGAUGCUGGCUGGUUGUCUGAUCAAACUGUUAGAUAUCCUAUUAGGCAACCUAGAGUUGGCUGUUAUGGUGACAUGAUGGGAAAAGAAGGUGUUAGAUCCUAUGGAUAUCGCCUUCCUAAUGAAACUUAUGAUGUCUAUUGCUAUGUUGGAAACAUAGAUGGUGAUGUCUUCCACACAACUUCUCCCAACAAGCUAACCUUUGAAGAAGCCAGACAUCUGUGUGAGGAACAAGGGGCAGUUCUUGCUUCAGUUGGUGAUCUGCAUGCUGCCUGGAGGAAUGGUUUUGACCAGUGUGAUUAUGGCUGGCUGGCAGAUGGCAGUGUGCGUCACCCUGUUUCUGUGGCAAGAAUCCAAUGUGGUGGAGGUUUACUUGGAGUGCGGACCCUAUAUCGCUAUGAGAAUCAAACUGCCUUUCCUUACCCAGACAGCAAAUUUGAUGCCUAUUGCUUUAAACGUAAAGAGAAUAUAUCUGAUUCUGCAACUGUUGAACUGAAUAUUCCUUUGGAAAGUGGAUCUGCCAAAUCGUUAACUGAACUGAAUGUAAUAUCUCCAAAAGCUACACUUCAUCCUUAUGUAUCUUCAGUCACAUCAGAAAUGGUUAAGGUAAAACUAGAAAAGAAGGCACCUCCGAUCAUUAAUUUAUCCACCCCUCUACCUCAAACUGUUACAGACAUUUCUGAUUUGUCAAAAAUGAAACAACCAGAGACUGUGCUAAGUGGCUUAGUGGAGAUUACACCUAGACAAGGUAUCUCUGAUUUCAUUGAAGCAAGUUCUGAAAGUCCAACUGAACAAAUAGAAGUGGCUCCAAUAAGAACUUCUGUAGAUGCUCCGUCAAGGAAUAACCUGAGUGUACAUUUAGGAACAGAGGUUCUAAGAAAGGAAGAAACAGAUCUUGGCACCCAACCCACCAAAACAUCAGUGGAAGCAAAAAGUGAUAAUGAACUCACAACUGUUGUCAUUCCAAAAGAAUUGCUCACUAGUGUUUAUGAACCUGAAAAGGCUGUUUUGCCUGAUCAGAAGCUAACACCUAGUACCAUUCCUAAACCAGAUAAAAUUGUAUCUUCUUCUAAGACAAUCUUAGAUGAUAUUGCUACAGAUACACCAGAUUCAAUAGUAACUUCAUUUGAAAGCAAAAAAAUAUCUACCCCGACUUAUUCAAAGGGCUAUGAAAUACCAGUGCUUACAACAUCUGACACAAUUAGAGUGGUACACUCAACAGUAGAGAAAGAAGAGCACACAGCAGCAGUUGAAAGCAUGUCUGGGUCUGAGUUUGCCACAGGGCUCAUACCUGUUGUCACAGAUGUAAAUGAAGUAGAAGGGCUCUUUACCAAAUAUGGAGCUGAGGUGUCAAGUCAUCGUCUAAUAACAGCUACACCAGAGUUGCAACAAGAGACAAUUGAAACAGAUGCAAAAUAUGAUUGGACUAAUGAGAAAACAACUGAACAGCAACCAGACAUUUCAAGAGAAAGUUCCCCAGCAAUGGUCACUGAAGACAAUGAAAUAAAAGAAUCUUUUAUAUUUACAGAAGCCACAAAGAUGGCAACUCCUGUUGCAAUUUCAGAGAAAGAAUCUAGCAUUUCUUUGGUUCCAGUUACCAUAGAAGAUGAAAUUUCUAAAGGCUCGGUUACAGUUACUGUUCAUGCAGGGCUCACAGAAACUGUAACAGAAGUUAUACCAACGAUUCAGCAGGAAUCUGUUACAGGAGAUCAAAUCGUGCAAAAAUUUGUCAUUGACCCAGGUUCUCCCACCGUUGUUCCAGAAUUACAUUCGUUACCUGAACAUGAUGUAGCUGCUGAAGGAUCCGCAUAUGAAAUAAAUUAUACCACUACAGAAAGAUCGAGUCCUGGUAUAAAAAUAAAAGAUUAUGAAACAGUCACACAGUCUGAAUUUUUUCCUGGAAUCAUUGAUCCCAAGCUGAAAGCAACAGGUGUUCCUCCCAUAGAACCAAGUACCAAAAGUGAACACAGGUCAUCCUUGGACAAAUUGGUAGUUCCCAUCUCUACAGAAACAGUUGCUCCUGUCACUAGAAAGUUUGAUGUGGGGAAAGUAGAUACUUCAACAACUCAUAGCCCAGAAGGAUCAGGAACAAAAGAAGAGGACGUAGGAAUGGGACCCAUUUCAUUUUCAGUUAGUGCAACAAGCAAACCAAUGGCAGUAACUGGCAUUGCCACCGCUGUCGAUACUGCAGUAGACAAAAUCCCACCAACUUCAGCAUCCAAACCUUUAAUUACCAAAACACAGCCACCUUUGAUUGAUAGGGAACCUGAUGAGGAUACGAGUAAGGAUGUGCUGAUAAUUGAUGAAUCUGUUUCCCCCAUUAAAACCACUAUUGAUGAUGAUUUUACAGGCAAAACGGUAGAGCCAGAAAUUGAUACUGAAUAUUUUACCUCAUCAACUAUCACUGCAGUUGCCCAGCCCACAGGGCCACCCACAGAGGUUUUAGAGUUUCCAGAAGAGCCCCCAGCUACUUCAGAGGUUGAUACAGGGUUGGAAAACCAACCUGACAUACACCUAUUUGUUGUUGCUAUCCCAGACAAUGAUACAGAUUCAUUGCCUGGAGUUUGGAAUGUAUUUGGUUACCAAAUCCAUCAUGAAAUAGAUGAACCCCCACUAGAUGGUGAAUCAACAACUGAUGAACCCUGUACAGCAAGCCCUGAUGAUGUUCCUGAAGAUAUCCUAAUUGUUGACCAUUUCUAUCCUGAAAUAUAUCAUCUGGAAGAAGAUGAUAGUGAAGAAGUUGACUGUGAGAAUACUACUGCUAUCACAACUCCCCCACCUUUGCAGUUUAUUAAUGGAAAGCAGCAAGUGACCACUGCACCUAAAGAUAUAAAAGCGGAAGAAGCAAGGAGUGACCAAAUUUUAGCACAUUCCAAAAAUGUAAAUUUUCUGCAUAUCAAUGAAACUAACAUGGUGUCUGAGAAUGAGUUCUUGGCCACAAUACAGCCAAAUGAAUCAACUGUGGAUACUGCUGUUACACAAAAGUUAAUGGCAGAAUUUGACAUGAUAGAAGAGGUCUUUAGUGGAGAUUUAGAAGUUUCAACUACACAUAAAAUUCAUGAAACAAUAUUUCUCCAUGGCCAGUCUUUAUCAGACAAUACUGAGAAAUUGAUACAGUCUGAAACAGAACACUUAGAAGAUUUAACUGCCAAGCCUGAAUUAAUAAGUUCUGUUUCUCCCCACACAAUGAACACAGAGCUAAAAGAAGACUCUGAACAGUUAACCAUAACAGCUUCUACUCAAGGUUGGUUACCUCAUUCUACCACUAUACCCUUAGCCACUGGAGAUGACAUAGCAGCUCAACAUGACACUUCUGUUGUGCAAGGAAAUUAUAAUACAACAAGUAGACAUAAUAUACUUAGUUCUUAUAUAAAUUCAUUGGCAACAACUACAAGUACUAAUUUAUUGAAUAUGCCAGAAGGGUCUGGAGAUGUUCAAGAAGAUGGUUUUAAACCAACUAGUGCAUUAAUAAAACCAGGAGGACAAGAAAAAGAUCCUAUUCAGGAAAUUUUCUCAGUUGAUGAAAAGCCAGUUCCACCUAAAGCUAUCCCUUCUGCUUCACAAUCUCCUGCUUCUUUGUAUAAAGAGACUAUGUUUAUUACUGAACAUAGUUUUGUAGAAUCCUUUACUACUGACUCUUCUACUGAAAUAAUUUUGAGCACUACUGAAAAUCCAGUUAAUAUGGAGGAGAAGAAAGAAAGUACAAACACUGUUUCUUUAAAUAUGGAGAAUUCAACUGCCAUCAAUACAGAAAAAUUGUUUAGUAACACUGAGUACUUCAGUGAUAACAUCAGAGCUGUGAGUGAAGGAUCGAUAACUCUCACCAAAACAAUUUCUGUAACAGAUGUUCCCCCUCUCAAAACCAAAGAGGUCACAGGAAAUAGAUUGCCCAUUAAUGAAGAAUCUGGUGAUGGAUCCACAGAAUUUUGGAGGAAACCUAAUAGAGAAAUACUUUUGGGGGGUCCUACCAGCAAAGUGGUAAGUAUAGACUCCCAAUUUCUAGAUCCAGGUUUUGGAGGAAUUGAUAGUAUGACUCAAGCUACUACCCUGACUUCAUUUCCAGUGAGGUCUGAAUAUGGAAGCAGUGAAGGAAAGGAAAUAGGUGGUGUUUCAAGUAAACCACCAGUGAAUCAUGCAAUUCUUACUAAUCAUACAGUAGAUGUGUUGGAUGCUGAAUUGCAUGGGGGGGCUACAGACACUAGAAUAGAAAGUCAAGUAUCAAAAAAUGCAACUUAUAGCCAAGGAGCACUACAAGAUGAAUCAGAUGCAAGUAUGUUAUUGCCAUUUAAUGACAAGUCUGUUGUGGAGACAAAUGAAGAAGUAAUAACAUCUAUAGCAGUACAAGAGCAAACAGACUUGUUUGAAACAUCUAGUAUGACAGUGACUCUGGAACCUUCAGCAAACAUUUCUCCUGACAUCAGUGUAAGAAUGAACUUAGUAACAGAAUCAAGUGAAACUGGAAACACUGUAGAACAUUCCACCAGUACUCCACAGUAUUCCACAUUAGUGGCAAAUAACAUAACUCUGCAGAAAGGAAGUUCUGAAUACAUAGUAAAUGAAGCAAUGGAAUCUCUUCAGCUGGAAGAUAGAAAAAACAUUUCUCCAACUACCUUUGCCCAAAAAAUGGAUCUUGUGGAUGUAGGCUCUGGAGAAGAAUCAGUUAAUGACACAAGUAGCAUGGUACUGGAGCAUUAUACUCCCACAGAAAAAGAAAAUAAUAGUAAAUUUCCAUUGAUUGAACCUGGUUCUGGAGACAUAGACUCUUUUACAUAUUCUCCUACAAAAAACCCAGUUUCAUCUGAAUUAUUGGUACAAGGACCUAGAAUUCAAAUAAAUGAAAGUGAAGAACGCAGCGUGACAUCUCAGUAUCCACUAGUUACAGAUGUAGCUGCAACGUUAGACAUAAGUAGUACUACUAUAGUCACAUUAGUGAACCCAAGUAUUACAGGAGAGUCCAUUAACAAAUCAAAAAUGGAAGAGGAAGUGUCAAAUAUAUUGGAAACAAGAGCUUCUGAUACAACCUCCCAUUUGGAGGCAGACAUGUAUUAUGAAGAAAGAAGAAAAAUUACACAAACAGAAUCUGUAACAGAACAGCCAAGAAUUUCUGGUACUUCUACAUUUAAUCCACAUGUAGAAGAAAUAAAAUUUGAUAUUAAUUCUGUUACUGAAUCUUUACAGAAAUAUCCCCCUUCGUAUGAUCAAACACGUAGAACUGUAGAGAAAGAAGAAUGGCUGGAAGAAAAUAGUAAACCUACUGAAGGUGGUCACACACUUUCCCCCCCAUCUACAAUGUAUAGACCAAUAAACACAGCAAUUAAUGUUCCAUUUUUGUCAAAACAAGACUUGGAAAAUGCAUUCUUUAUGGUUCAGACUACCACUGCACCUGGGAGUUCUGCUAUAUUAAAAGAAAGCUCCAACAUGUUAAAACUUGAUACUCUUCAUCCUAAAAGUUCAGAAGAACUUUUUUCAGAGGAAAAACAAGAAUUUGAAAGGCACACUGACUAUUCUAGAUAUGAAUUUAAAUAUCCACCCACUAUAGAAGACAAUUUGUCUGAAGCCAGUGAUGAAAUAGUUCCACUGUUACCUAUUGUAGAUACUGAAACAUCUUCUAUAAAUUGGUUCAUUCCUGAAGAUGAUCAGAACAAAGAAAACACCUCCCAAGAGGAAGAAAAUAUACUAGCUGCAACAGAUGGAACUUCCCAAGGGCAAGCCUGGGUGUUGACAGGGCAUGAAAAUGAAACUCCUAUUUCAGAAUUAUUUAUUGAACCCCUUACUGCUGGAACAAUAGAAACACCAAAAAUCACCUUAUUACCCAAAGUGUUGAGUGUUGCAAGCCAUGAUGGUUCUGGGGAAGGAUCUGGCUGGCAGGAUGUAAUGGGGAAAAAAUCUGAAUCAUCUACCCAGUUGCCCAAUUGGGAAAUGCCACCUAUAACACACACCCUCCCUUAUUCAGAGAUUGAGAACACAAGUGCCACAGUGAAUGGAUCUCCAAAAGAACUACUCAUCUACUCAGAGAAACAGGAAGACACAGCAACAUCUGAAAGUGACAUUUCAGAGAGCUUUUCAUAUGAGAAUUCCACAAACAACAUAAAGGAUUAUGAAGAUCUUAUCCCUGUAGUUGGUUUCAAAAGAAAUUAUUCUGAGGAUAUUUCUAGCUUUAUUGAUAUUAUUGGAACAGGGCAUGAAGUAAUAUCUGAUGAAACAACAAUUAUUGAUGUUGAUUAUUUGAAAUCAAGUGCAAAUGUUGAAGACAUUAGAGAUUAUACAACUGUAAAGCCCGACAGACACUCAACUUAUGAUAUUUAUACAUCAGCAAUGAAAAUUCAAAAUAUAACACCUGAAAUGUUAAUUGAUGAUAACAGUAUAGAUAAUCAAGGAAGUUCUGUGGGUAGUAAAUUCAUACAUAGUGAACCUAUAUUAUCUGAACAUACCCCAACAUCAGAUGUGGGUUCAGGAGAUGUUGCAUUUUUCACAAUAGAAACUGCAAUUUCUCAGGACCUGCCUAAAAUAUCCACUCUACUUCCAACCAUGGCUCCUCUUGUCAGUUCUACCAUAUUGUCUCCAAUGAGUUCUGAAGAAAAGGCCACUGAAUUAGGGUAUGAAACUGAACAUACAGAAUCUGAAGAAACAAUACAACCCAUAUCUGAACAACCAACACUGUCAGACAAUCAAAUAGUAGCUGAGGAAAAUGAAAUUACAUUUUCAGGAGAAAAACAAGUACAGAUGGAUAAACAGAAACAUCUGGUUCUUUCUUCAACUCCAGCAUACAUGCCUAUAAAAACACAACAAACUUUGACAACACAUAAACCUGAAGAAAAUACUGCUUCAGGUCAGCUUGUUUCACAAAAUGUAACAAAGUCUGAAGAAACAAGCGACAAGGUGUUUGAAGGAAUGAAAACUGCACCCACACAAUCCAUAGAAACAGUUAUGAAAAACUUGCUUCUUACAACACAAACACCAAAACUGCCUGUGACUGUGCAUUUACUCAAUGAUGUUUCUGAAUACCCAGAAGAAACCAUGAAAAGUACAUCAUCAUCAACUGAUUCUAACAAACAUAGUUUGCCAGUGUCAGAAACUUUUAGAGAAGCUAGUGCUGACACAACAGUAACUUACAAACCUGCUUUGAAAGAUUCUUCCAGUGAAACAGCUUUUCCUAAAGUGGAAUUGGAGAACAGAUUCCUUGAAAGUGUACCUACAUCUGAUGGGCAUAUAAUAGAAACAUCAAAAACUACUACAGAAGAAACAACUAUUUUUGAAGAAUCUGUUUCAAACGGAGUGGUACCAUCAAGCUUUAUACAUUCAGGUGCUGAAAUUUUAGAAGAUCGUUUAGAAGAAGAAACUUCUGAGAAGGUAAAGGAGCUAAAUCAGUUAGAUGGAAGUAGUGCUGAUGGAAGUUUGCUGUGGAUGCAUAGCAUACCUUCUUCGGUUCCACAUGAGAGUAAAACAGGUGGAGUAUUUGGUGCUGAUGAUGAAGCCAGUGCGUGGCCAAUUUCACCCCCGCCAUCUACAGAUAAAAUUGCAGAAGCCCAAACUGUUCAGCCAGAGUCAACAACUAUUUCUUCUAACGUUGUAAAUCAAUAUACAGGUCUUGAAAGCAUUUCUGAUUAUAACAGACAGACAAUAAAUACAGAAGACGUAAAUGCAAAUGAACUUGUAACCCCACCAUUUUUACUUUUGGAUGUUACUAAAGGAUCAGAUUUCCUGAUUGGUCCAGGUGAAGGUUCAGUUGAAGGCUCAGCAGUUCAGAUCUCAGGCCAAGAUCUAUGUAAAAGCAAUCCAUGCUUGCAUGGGGGCACUUGUUACCCACGCGACUCUUUCUAUAUCUGCACUUGUAUGCCAGGUUUCAGUGGUGAUCGGUGUGAAGUAGAUGUUGACGAAUGUCAAUCCAGUCCUUGCAGAAAUGGUGCCACGUGCAUUGAUGGCGUCAGCACAUUUACUUGUCUUUGUCUCCCAAGCUAUGUUGGAGCUCUUUGUGAAAAAGACACUGAGACCUGCGAUUAUGGAUGGCAUAAGUUUCAAGGGCAAUGCUACAAAUACUUCGCCCAUCGCCGGACGUGGGAUGCAGCUGAGAGAGAGUGCCGCCUGCAGGGCGCCCAUCUAACCAGCAUCCUGUCUCAUGAAGAACAGCUGUUUGUAAACCGUAUAGGACAUGACUAUCAGUGGAUUGGCCUAAAUGAUAAGAUGUAUGAGAAUGACUUCCGCUGGACAGAUGGCAGCGUGCUGCAAUAUGAAAACUGGAGACCAAAGCAGCCAGAUAGUUUCUUUUCUUCUGGAGAAGACUGUGUUGUUAUAAUUUGGCAUGAAAAUGGUCAGUGGAAUGAUGUACCAUGCAAUUAUCACCUUACUUACACAUGCAAGAAAGGAACAGUUGCCUGUGGUCAGCCCCCAGUGGUAGAAAAUGCAAAGACUUUUGGAAAGAUGAAGCCCCGUUAUGAAAUUAACUCAUUGAUCAGAUACCACUGUAAAGAUGGUUUCAUCCAGCGCCAUGUUCCAAUAAUCAGAUGCCAAGGAAAUGGACGAUGGGAUUUACCUAAAAUUACUUGCAUGAAUCCAUCCUCAUUCCAAAGGACUUAUUCUAAGAAAUAUUAUUAUAAAAAUUCUUCACCAGGAAAGGUAAACUCAUUAAAUUCAUCAAAACAUUUUCAUCGUUGGAUCAGGACAUGGCAGGAUUCAAGGCGCUGAACCCACUCUGGUGAAAGUGGGACAUUUGCCAUGCCAGAAUGCCCUAAUUUACUGUGCCUUAAAAAAAAAAAAAAAAAAAAAAAGGAUUACUCAGCAUUUUGGAAUGCUUAUGGACCUGAGUACUUACAACACAUAUCAGUGAUGGCUACAAAUGAAAAUAUUGAAAAGGGAACCAUUUCCAGCCUAUCUAGUAUGUUAAUUUCUAUAUGUCAUUGGUGAGGGAUUAUUUGAUUCUUUACCCCAGCACCUGUAGUAAUUAAACUCUUCCAUUUUAGCACCAAUGAUAAUGUAAAUAAGAUGAUUUAAUAGUGUUUAAGUGUGUUGUAUUUUAAAAAAAAAAACUGUAUAUACAAUGAGAUGUCAAACUAAGUUCAGGCUUAUUUAUGACCAUUUGGCUUCAGAGAUCUUUAAUCAUUUAUGUUGCUUGUCUUGGAGGUACUUCACAAGGCUGGAAAUAAUUUUAAAUUGUUAUCUGCUCUCAUUUUGUAAACAUGGGAGAAGCAGCUAUUACAAGCUGAAGAUGUACUGUGAAAGUAGUAUUUUGCUUAAGAAACAUAGCUAUUUCCUAAUGGAGGGCCGUAGAAUCUAUGGAAUGAAAAGCUUUCACAAGGAGCAUGAAAACUUGGAAGAAAUGACUGCAAUAUGGAACUUGACUUUUGUCCUUUCCAGCUUUGGUACUGAUCAAGAAGGACUUGAGGACUCUUAAAGAAAAGUUGACAAGGAGGGCCUGUAGGAUUAAUAUUAAUAAUAAUAGUAAUAAAGGCUAAUACAUUAAUUCUCAACCAGGGACAUUUUUUAAAAAUACAGCUUUUCCAACACUAAUCAUGGGUCUAUGUUACAGCUCUCUGCAUUUUAAGAUGGAGAUAUAUAGACCUACGUUUUGUAAAAUAAAAUUUAAAAAAAGUAAAUAAUUUUGUAUAUAAAAUCUAUAUAACCAUUUUUAAUCUUUUUAUAAAGUAAUGAAUGUUUGUGUAUGAAUGCUGCAGCUGUGAAGCGUACAUAAAUAAAUGAAGUAAGCCAUA